CCUUUUCAGUCUUAAUAAAUUACCAAUAUAUGUGAACUUAAACAUAAAUGAAAUAAUGGACACGAAAAUAUAAUUAAACAGUUAAAACAGGUGACCAUAAAACAGCGCAUUUCGUAUUAAAUGUGUUAUAAUAAGUAAAAAUGUGAACCAAUAAGUAAUACAAUUAAACGAAUAAUAAAAUGAAAAAUAAUGAAAAUUUUUUUUCGUGGGAUUUCAUAUUAAAUUAAAUCUAUUACGGUUUUCAUAUUAAAUUAAAUCUAUAAGAUGAAAACGAUGAAAAACGUGUAAUGAAUAACAUAAACUGAUAUUGUAGAAAACUGUAAAUUUAUAUAUGUUGAUCACAGAUCUUAGGAACACAACAUUAAAAUCAGCAACAAUACACAGGGUAUUUGACAAAGCGCUAAAGACUAGUGUAACGUUCGGUAGUCAGAGGCAGAUAAUUGAUUGUAGUCGACAAAACUGACAAGUUUUAUUAUAAAACUACUACGUUUCGGCCCUCGGUUCGGACCCUUUUCAAGUAGGAUACAGUUGAUUUUAGUAAUUACACGUUGUCCGUGUGUAAAAUUACAUAGAACUAAGAGGAUAUAAAAUAAUGCAUAGUCAAAUUUUCGAGGAUGUUAUUUGUGGACGGCUUAAGCACAACUGAGUUUUGGUUAUAGUCCCAACAAUUAUACAACAGAGUAUCGCGAAGAGGGUAUAGUCAUUCAAAUCGUUUCUCCCCAUAUCCCCUCACCCACUUAUUCACUCAUUUUACUGUCGUACAGUUGUCUUCCUCCCCCCCUGUGCACGUGCGCUCUGUGGCACAAAUCUGUGCCGCAUAGCGAGAGAGUACGUAUACUAAUAUACGUCACUGUGCGUCAUCGCGUGCACGCUGCCUUGCGCGCGGCGCUACGCACCGCAUCAGCUGGUCGCGAUCGCAUCAUCGGCCCCCCGUGGCGAGCAACAGCAAGGUGUGUGAGUCGACACGACGAAAAGUCGUGGGCGGAAAGCUGCAUUGCACAAGGCACGCGAGCGAGCGUGAAAUGCGCGCGAUGUGAAAUAUAUGUAUAUGUAUAAUAUACACACGCGAUGGCCGAGUAUCGUCGAGUCAAAUCGGAGAGAAUACCGUGAGCAGCUUUGCCGUUUGUUGUCAUCGUGGCUCGCAUCGCUCCGCGUCGCGUCGCGUCACACGUCAUACGGAGACCGCGCGCACGAACUACGCGGCUCAUGAUAGCGAGUGGGACUCUACUCUCGCAUCCAAGGACGACCACCGGUCGGACACCGAAGCUGCAAUUCGCGAAACAGGCGAGAACCGACAAAGCUUUCCUCUCUCUCUGGCGCGCGCGCGCGCGCGCGCACGUUCUCGUUCUCGCUCUCUACGUUCGGGCAUGCCUUGCGCUCGUGCAAAGUUCAUCCCCGCCGGCAGUUCGUCAGCGCGAUAGCGCGCGAGGGUGACGGGAGAAGACCGCGAUAAGAGUCGGCGUCCGUCGUAUUCUCGCGAUCGCCGCUCACGCGCGACAACGACGACGAUCCAUCGCUGUCUGUUGAAUUCACGAGAUUCGAGCGCGAGUGUCCAAGUUCCUCCGAGAUAGUGGAACUCGCCCGAGACUCACGGCGGGAUAUGUCCAGCAGUCUGAGCGAGUUCGACCCGUUCAGCGAGACGCCGAUGGAGGUGCCUGUGGAACGAGAGCUCUGUGAAGGUGAUGUCCAAGCGAUAAUAGAAGAAAGUCCAAAGAACAAUAUAGAAACUAAUGCUGUGAGUGAAGCGGUUUACGCUGAGCCUUUGACCCCGGAAGAAAUACGUUGGUUUUAUAAAGACGGUGUUGACAAAAGGUGGAACGAGUUUUGCGGGUACGACAGCUUGAGGAUCGAAAGAAUUUAUCAAGAACGCCAGAGGUUAAUUAGCGAAAGUAAUGAAACGAACGAUUUGCCACCUGCUGAGAAAAUUGUUGUUAGGGGUGGCAUGUACGAUGUCGAAAUCGACAAAAUGAAAUGCGUUUCAAUAUAUUGGCCAGGCGAAGAAUGGGAAAUUAUGAGGUGCACAUGGUAUUACGAUGGCAGCUGGAUACCGUUGGAAACGGAACAUUCCAAAGUGAUAGAGGAAGUCCAUCUUGAAUUAUUCCAAAAAAAAAAUAACAAUCAAAAUGUUGCUGCGUGUGACACAAAUAUUCCUCAAUCUUACAAAGUUCUACAUACGGAACAAUUUCCUGAAUUUCAUGUUGACUGGCAUUCAAUUAAUGAUGUAACACUAUAUAGCGAAUAUACACCUACUAAAUUAAUGCGUAGCGUUACAUCAAAAUUGGGUUUUGCUAAAACAACAGGCUAUCGAUUGAAAAGAGGUUACAAAGCGUGUGCAAGUAUUGACGAUAAGCCGCGUGACAUCGACCAUCUAGUAUUUGUCGUUCACGGUAUAGGACAAAAGCGAGAUACAGGGAAGAUUAUACGCAACACCACAUGUUUCAGAGAUUGCGUGGAUUGGCUUAAGCAAAAAUAUUUUCCAAAUUCUAAACACAGAGUAGAAUUCUUUCCAGUUGAGUGGCGGUCAUCGUUAAAGUUAGAUGGAGAUAUAGUAGAUGCAAUUACACCUUAUAGUGUAUUGAGCAUACGUCAUUUACUAAAUACAUCAGCGAUGGACAUUUUGUAUUACACAAGUCCUCUAUAUGGUGCCGAGGUCCGAGCUGGUUUACAAAAAGAGCUGAACAGUUUGUAUUUUAUGUUUGCAAGUCGGCAUCCUGAUUGGCAGGGAAAGGUCUCGAUUUUAGCGCAUUCCUUAGGAUGCGUGAUCGUAUAUGAUAUAGUUACUGGCUGGAUAGGCCCUGACGUACGACUCUCAUGCCCACAGGCGCAGGAAGUUUUAAUGCAAGGAUUGCAAUUCCCCAUUGAGAACCUGUUUUGCUUGGGCUCGCCGUUGUCUGUAUUUCUAGCAUUGCGCACACGCGCUCCAUCCAAUAGACUGGAUGUGAUGCCGCAAGGUUUAUGUAAAAGAUUCUACAAUAUAUUUCACUGGUCCGACCCUGUGGCUUACAGAAUGGAACCACUUUUAGAAAGGGGCUAUAGUAAAAUCGAGCCAGUUCUGAUACCACCGUACGGAGGAAUUGAUGGUCAACAGAUACCACAGUCGCCUUCUUCAUUUAAUAAUGUGGAUCCAACUAUACCACCUACAGAAAACGAUGAUAAAGAUGAUAGUCCUGUGGACAGUCCACCUAAUCGUAAUGCGGAGAAAGGUUGGAGUCUUUGGGGUUUAGUACGAGGUGGUUGGACCGUUAGAGAGGGUCCAUCUUCGCCAACACCAGAUUCAAAUCCACCAAUCCGUCCAGGUCAAGAAUUAGCGCAACGACUGGAUUACGUGCUACGUGCAGUUGGUUUAGGAAGAAAUUACUUAUAUACCGUCACGGCUCAUACAGCAUAUUGGAAUAAUUACGACGUGGCUUAUUUCGUAUUGACGAGACUCUUUCCGACACUAGAAACUUGAUGGCGGUUUAAACACCUUAACGCGGAAUUCCUUCUGCUGAAAUGCUCUAGUCCAUUAGUAGGCCUUCUCUAGAAUGUAAUAUCGCAUAUUAGGCCUAUCACCAAAAUAAUCUGUGAUAAUGGGAAAACGAUACAAUAACGCUGUAAAUUCUAUGAACAUCCGAUCGUUUUAUACAUCGCAUAAUUUGAUAAUUGCUAGGCGUCGAGUUACACAUGAAACAAAAACAUCGUCUUUACUCUGUUUUGAAAGGUAACUCGUUUGUAUUAAAUAUUCUAAAAUUCGACAUUUAUAUGUAACAUAAUAAUAAGCUCUAAUAUAUUUAAUAAUAGAAGAAGACGCUUGAGAACAAUCUGGUAGAAAAGUUUUAAUACAAUUUUAAUGAAAUUUUAGUGACAUUUCGUUGUAUUUUAUGUUCAAUUUUAAUACAAUUUUAAUUACAUUUUGUUAUAUUUAUGUCCAUGUUGAGAGAGAGAAAAA